AUGAAACGCCCUGCGAUCGUUGAGAGGGCAGGUUCGUCCACCUCGCGAACCAAAGAUUCUCAAGUAAUUAAGAAACUUGAGCGACUUGGAGGCCGCCCAUGGAAGCGCGAAUGGAGCAUGCUCAAUCUCGUCACCUCUUUCCUUUGGAAACAACCGUCGAUGCAAGCGGCCGACGUCCGUCAACACACAGUGUGGUUAUUCGACAACACUGCUUAUCAGCGCGUUACACCGAAGCCCGCCGGACAAAGACGAUGGCAUGCUGAGGUCGUCGCUUGUAUAUUUCGAAAGGAUAGCCGCAAAGAUAUCAGCAAAAUCGUCGCAACAAUCGCAGACAUCAUUGGUCUUGAUGGGGAAAUAGGUACCCAGAGAGAAACACGCCAUCGGAUGGCAGAACGACUACGACCAUUCUUGCAUCACGUUGCAUCAGCACACUUGAUGAUGCUCGAAACCCCUCUGCCGAACAACACUGCGCUCAUUCGACAGAUAGGGCCGACCGAUGGAAGUGGCAUCACCAGCCAAGUUGUGACUAUAAACAACAAACAGAUCACCGAUGGAACCUCGCUACCUUCGUACCUCCGAGGCUGGGCGGGCAAUGUAUCAAUGAACACUGUCUUCGCGGGUCCAGAAGGCUGGCUCGUCAUAUCCGACAUCGACGAUACGAUCAAAUACACGAAAACUUCCGAGUCGACCGGGAUUCUUCGCACGACCUUUGCAGAGGAACCGAUGCCCAUUGCUGGAAUGCCCGAACUUUACUACCGUAUCCACAGGGAGCUCGCACCGGCAUGGUUCUACCUAUCAGCAUCUCCUUAUAACCUGUACCCCUUUUUACGAGGAUUUAUUCAGGAGCAUUUCAACCCUGGCACGCUGAUCCUUCGGGAUUCGUCAUGGAUGGAUAUCAGUGACUUAGUCAAAUCUUUCACCGUCAACACCAUGGAAUACAAAAUGGACCGUAUCAGAAAGAUUCGACGCUGGUUCCCUCAACGCCAGGUUCUCUGCAUUGGCGACUCGACCCAGAAAGAUCCAGAGGCCUACGCCGAGAUCUACAGGAAACAUCCGAACUGGAUCCAAGCCAUCUGGAUUCGGAAAGUCACCGAUGUCCCCCAUUUAGAAGAACAAAACUCCCCGGAACGGUUUGAGGCGGCCUUUAAAGGCAUCCCAGAUAAUGUUUGGGAGGUAUUCGAACAGCCUGAUGAAGUGGCGAACCUUGUGGGUGAGUUGAAGAUCAACAACACAGCCUAG